CAUGCUGGAACAUUAUCACCGUAGCUCCUGAACUGGUGAAUGGAUGGCCUCUUGUAAUGAGCUCGAUGUUUUCUGUAUACUCAAUUAUCAGGACCUUGGUUAUUUUUCCUAUGUGAAGUGGAGAAAGUGAAAUCCACCCUUGACUAUGAUAAUGCAGUUGACAAGUAGUCUUUAACGAAAUAUGAAGAUUUCGCUUUGAUCAGAUAAGAACAACAGUGAUACAGGACAGGAUGAAUAUUGUAUUGUAGUAAAAAAUUUCUUAGUGGCAAAGUAGUACAAAAAAUGUGCAUGUCAUAGGAUGUUUGUGUGACAACUAUAAAAGAUAAGGCAGAUAAUGUUGACGAUAAGGAGAUAACUUGACAAUAGUAAAGCAGAUUAGCACAUGUGCAGUUGUCAGUUGUCAGAGUGUUGUGGUGGCAAGAGUUUUGAUGGAUGGUGUGGUCAGGCUGACCUAACUUAAGUUAACACAGAGUGGAGCAACAGAGAGGAACAUUUGCUAAGAUCUGGAAAUAUGGUUGCUGCUGGCAUGUAUCAUGCAGCAAUUCUCCACAUUCCUUUUGCAUCCCAGCCAUGUCAUGAAGAGCCACAGAACGCCAUUGCUUGAUCAGCACUUAGAGAGCAUUGUGGAGGAAGUUUGGGCAGUCUGUAGCCAUGAGUAAGAGCAGCACCCCACUGCCUGACUCUACCUCACUGGAGGCAACCAUGGAAGAAAAAGCAUCUUUUUCUGGAUUCACAUUGGAAUCUACAGAGGGAGGCUUGAAGACACAGAACCUUCAGGAGUCCAUGAAUGUCAGGAAAGUCAGUCAUGGGUCUUUCUCCUCCUGCUCUUCCUCUUGCUCCUCAUCCAAGUCUACAUGCCAGAGUUGGAUGUCUGACUCAUGGCCAGACAGCAGUAUCAGCUGUGACAGGAAAAGUGAUAUUGUGUUGACUCCUGAUGAAGGGUUUAGAGAUGAGGGAGUGACUGACGGGGAGCUGUGGGGAUCAGGAGAAACUAGAAGAGCAAAUUCCUACCAUUCAAUUAAUCAUGAUGCAGCGGACGGCUUCAUAUCUGACAUACAAGACGUCAUGUCUCGGUCACGGUCAGCCUCCCUGGCUUCACUUGAGUACUACAGAACUGACAAUACUGCCUUUCAGGUGACAGCCCGUGAAGAGCUGCAGGGAACAGCUCCAGGACCUCCUCCCUUCGACACUAGAAGUGUGCAGCAGUCUAGGCGGCUCCCCUACUGGCUAUGGCUUAUCAUUGCUAAGAGUCUGGGCAUCAAGCUUCACCCUAAUGACAAACCCAUCUUGGCCACUGUGCUGUACACCCUCACCUUUGCAAGUGCCUUAGGUUUCUUCCUCACCAACUGGUGGUUCACAGGGUUUGACAUUGCCAGUGACUACACCAAGACAACAGUCAUUGAUGGUAGUGUCAGCAUCUUCUACACCUUGCUGUGGGGUGCUCUGGGUUUGUACGCCAACAAGCUGGCAUACAAAUUAUUCAGUCACAAGAAGUUUCUGGACAUGCUUCGUCUGCAUUCCAAGACCAUCCUCAAGUUGAAUGCCUCGGUGGUGCUCUUCACUCUCAUGCUGCUCAUCGCAAUCUUCAAUGACAUCAAUGCUUUCCAAGACUUCAUGGACGAAACUUGCCACACAGUUGGUGUGGAGGUGAUUGUUUGCAAAGCCCGCUACAUAUUCCGAGUGGUGUACUCUAUAUUUGCUGUGUUGUGGAACUACCUCGUCGCCUUCGUGCUCGUGUCCACAUGCCGCACCCACGUCAUAGGAAUUCGAAGAUUCAUGAAGACACUUGAGAAGGAUGCACGGAUCUAUGAAGCCAGGUUCAUGGGGCAGGCACAGAGCUUCACAUCAGAGAGACCUGUGCUGGAAGAGUACACUUGGGUGGAUGAGGACUACUUGGAGGAGCUGGGUGAGCAGGGAGGUGGUGACAUGGAUACUGCAUCAUCCAUCAUGAUGCCCAGGCAGAGAAACCGUGGGAAUGUUGAAUUCAGUGACCCAAGAGGAGAACCAGAGGCAGCCCAAGCAUCCGUCUCAUCCAUGGCCAGCAUCACACCCACCGCCAGCACCCAGUCCUUCCACUCUGAGCCACUCCAGACUAGCAAGAUGAGUUCAAGUGGCAGUUUUCCACCACCCUCAGAAGUCCCACAAGUUAGACCACUGACAGUCAUGAGCAACUCAGAAAUCCUCUUCAGGUUCUGGAAAAUACAGACACGGCUCAGAAUGUCAUCAAUGGCACUGCAGCGAUGGAUGAUGUCUGUGCUGUCACUCGUGGUGUUGUGGCUGGGUAUGAAUCUCAUCAUAUGGCUUAACUAUGAACCCACUCUCAUUGACAUGGCCAACCUCUUCCUUCCAUUGGCUCUCCUUCCUCUCCUGGCGUCAGCAUAUGCUGAAGUCAAUCAGGAAGGCCUGCGUGUCUUGAAGUUCAUCUGUCCACUGGAGGAAAGACUGCAAAUGAUAUUUGUGCUGCAGAACUCACCACCACUGCAGAUAACAGUGUAUGGAUUCACCCUCUCCUAUUCUACCAUCACUACUGCAGCAUUUGGAAUCCUCCUGGCUUUUGCUUCCAAGGUUUUGAUUCAAGAGGUGUCUGGUUAGUGAGUUGGUGCCAGUAAGUAUAUGGGUGAAGAAUGACCUGGACGGUAGGUAAGGUUGUGUGCCGUAUAGAUGCUUUAGACUGCACAAGUAUUACAUGUGGCUGUGUGACUCAGUGAUGUGCUGCACUUCUUAUGAGUCUACUGUAAGUAGAUCAUAAUUAUAUUCCUUUUAGUUAGGAAAACAUUGAUGGAAUGUGUGUAAUUUUUAAUCAAAUUGUCUAAUCAUGAGUAUAUGCUAAUGGUAUAUUUAGUAGUCAUGUAUUUUACAUCAUUUGUGAGUUAGUUAUAUUUUGAUAUGGUGAGUUUUAUAUCCAGAUAUAAUGGCCUUUAAGAGUCAUCCAUGUGUAAAUUAAGGUGUUACUAUCAGAUGAAUAUGUAUUUGUACUGAGUGACCAGAGUUUAUUGCUACAAUUAGGAUAUUUUCUCUUAAAGACUCUUCGUUUGUGAAUACUUAAUAAGAUUCUCAAAGAAAGUUCUUGUCUUAUAAAGAACAUGAUUUUAGUCUUCACUGUGCAGCUUUACUAAACACUCAAGUACCCAAGGUACUAUUAUGUAGAGUGACAUAGGGUAAUGUUUUAUAAGUAAUGUCAAUCCUUGUGUACAGAAUAUGUAUCUUGUAAAAUUAUCCAUUACCUGUGGAAUAUAUUUAGGUGACUGGUUGUUGAUUGCUGAACACUUGGAGUGUUUUGCAUUAUCUUAAGUCUGACAUCCAUUUUGUGCUGGAUGCCACAUCAGUUUCUGCAUCCUGUUACCUGAUGUUUAUCUUUUACUGCAGAAUAAUGUGAUUAUGUGUAUUCUUAUUUAUAGAGCCACUAUAUCAAUUAUUUUGGCAUCUUAUCUCAACUACUUUUAACUGGCUCUAGUAAAACACAUCUGAUAUUGAUGUGCAGACCAGAAAGAGGAAAUGUUUGUGUCUGUACUUCCAUGUCAUCAUGACAGCUCUUAAAGUUAGGAGCACCUGAAAUACAAAUAUUAAAAUUGUAAUCCUAUACUGACAUGUGCCAAGACAUCUUCCUAGAGUUGGCCAAGUGAUGUUUUCUUAUGUUACUUGUAUCUAGGACAGAUAUUAACUUUUUAAUGAGAGUCUUUUGUGUAAUGAUAUCUAGUUUUUACCACAGUUGUGUAAUGAUAUCUAGUUUUUACCACAGCCCAGUAGCAGAUGUGGCUUAUACUUAUUGCAUCAUGAUAGGCCUAUCUCUUUUCCCUGGGUCCAGUCCAGUCAACUGACUGCCACCAGAUGCAGCCAAACAAAUAUAGUAUGUAAUGAUUGACACAAACAUCAUCAUUAUCUCUCUCUCUCUCUCUCUCUCUCUCUCUCUCUCUCUCUCUCUCUCUCUCUCUCUCUCUCUCUCUCUCUCUCUCUAACACAAUACUAAUGAUCAAUAUUAUGUAAACAAAAAUGCUCACAAGCCACAAUGUUUUUUGUGUAGGUGAAGGAAAGUUUUGUCGCAAAACUUUAUAGAUUAAUCUAUUUCAUAAUCACAAAUAUGUUAUAUAAAUCACAGUAUAUCAAGCACAAGUUUUAGUAGACAGCACAUUCACUUUGGUUUACUUAAACAGUUGUUCAAUAGUAUGAAAAUAAUGGCAUCCUCCUCAAAGCAAAUAAAACCCUCUUUUUUCAUCUGACAGCAGCACAAUAAAUUUCUGUGCAUCUGAGGAGAAUCUAUAUUGUUGGGAACACUCACACCAACAGGGACACUUGUGAUGUUUCAUGUGAUAUGCAGGUAUACAGGGCAGCUGAAAAAUUAUUUAUUCAUGAAAUCCAAUCACUGUCAACUUAUUUUAGCAUAAAAUUUGUUCUGUAGUGGAUCCUAACACACACACACACACAGACACACACACACACAUUUUAUAAAGGAAAAAUUGCUUUGACACUCCAUAAAUAAUGUAACUGCAUAAAUGUAGAAUAUAUUGCUGUCAUCAUUGUGUUCUUAUGAGUCACUGCAGUCUAUGGUGAAGCUGCAGUCUUCAGGAGGGACUGUUUUCCAUGCACUAUCCAUACUAAGAUACAGAUGCAUACAUCAGUACUAAAACCAGCUUCAAGUACUGUCUGCCAGUGCAGAAACUUGUGUAUACUUGUCUUUUUAUGUUAGAAAAGAUCAGGUUUGUGUGUUUGCCAUGGACAGUGUCCCAGCACAGGGUGGUGAGGAAAGGUGACUAGUUUCACCCCUAGCUUGUGUCCCCAGGGGUGCCUGAGAACAAGGUGGAGGCCCAAGUGACUCCCCAUUUCAAGUUUGUCAGCAGGAACUUGAGUGCCUUAGUCCACUGCUCCUCACUGUUGAACUGCAUUCUGUAAAACCAAUAUCACAUUCCUUAGGCAAUAGUCAUACACUGGACAAUACAGAAAUAUAUAGCAUGUGAAAAUUUUCCUUCUUAGGGAGCAAUAGCUGAAUACAUAAUACAUAUUUAUAAUGAAUAAAAUUUUAAACUUCAAA